AUGACAGUGGAACGCUAUACCGCGACGUUUGUGGCAUUAUCGUGGUUUGCAAGUUAUCUAGUUCCAGACGAGGAAAAGAAAUGUGAAAAGUUCGAACGGGGCUUACAUCCGAGAAUUCGAAGUCGCCUGAUACCCCUGAGGAUCCGUAAUUUCAUCGACUUGGUCACACGAGCCACCUUGGUGGAAGAAGACAUGAGGGUGAAUACGGAACUUUUCAAUCAAAGGAAACGCCAACAACCUCUACCUGAGUCCAUUAGAAACAAGAAGCCUGCCCCCAACUACCGUCCACAACCACCUCCGGGUAUUCCAACGUAUCCAAUUUGCCAAAAUUGCAGAAAGAGGCAUCAAGGAAGUUGUUUAGUGGGCCAAAAUGUUUGCUUCAAAUGCGGGCAGCCAAACCAUAUGGCUCGAGACUGUCCAAGGAACAUGCCGCCUCCAGCUACAAAGAGUGGCACAUUAUCGUUGUUUUCACGUCAUGCCUCCAUUUUAUUCGACUCUGGUGCCACUCAUUCUUUCAUUUCAAAUCAUUAUGUGCCUUUGACUGAGAAGAUACCUGAACCACUAGAACCUAGUAUGUCUGUUGCUACGCCCUCGGGAGAACAUGUUAAUUGUGAUUAUGUGCUAAUUGGAUGUCUGAUUGAGAUUCAAGGGAGAAUUCUACCUGCGGACUUGAUCAUAUUUAAUAUGUCCGGAUUCGACGUGAUUCUGGGAAUGUACUGGUUAUCCAGAAACCAUGCCUGUGUGGAUUGCUUUAAUAACAGAGUAGUCUUUAAAUCCACAAAUGGGGAGGAGUUUAGUUUUUAG